UACUUAGCACAUACCACAAAUAAUUACAAGAAACUCAACAAUUUGGCGCCUUAUUAAGUAAUGAAUAAUUCAAGCACUUCAAUUAGAGUGGCAGUUUCCGAUGAAGAACAUAUCAAUAUAUUAGCGUUGAGGAAACCCAAGAAGCGAGCGGGAAGGAAGAAGUUCAAAGAAACUCGGCACCCAGUGUACAGGGGAGUGAGAAGGAGGAACAACGACAAGUGGGUUUGCGAACUGCGCGAGCCCAGCAAACAGAAGCGAAUAUGGUUGGGAAGUUACCCAACCGCAGAAAUGGCUGCGCGCGCUCAUGACGUAGCUGCAUUGGCACUUAGAGGACAGCUGGCCACUUUAAACUUCGCAGACUCCGCUUGGCGGUUGCAAGUGCCGGCAUCAAAGGAUCCCAAGGACUUGCGCCAAGCAGCUGCAAAAGCAGCAGAGGCGUUCUGGCCAGGAGAGGAAGCUGAUGUUAAUUCUAGAGGAGCCGCUAAUACUGGCAAUGGCAAUGAGGAAAUGAAGGUGGCAUCACAAGAAGAGAACGCAGCGUAUAAUUGCACGCAGAAUAUUGUGACUGCAGAAAAUGUUUUGUAUAGCAACUCAUGCAGUGAAGUGGGAAUGCUAGGGACGCAAGAAUGGCAGGCAUACAUGGAAGAAAGGAGUUUGUUAUCACCAAAUCCUUGCUGUUUAGGGAGUUGUUUCAGCUGGGAUGAUGAUAUGGAAAGUGAUGUUGAGGUGUCCUUGUGGAGUUAUUCUGUUUGAUAGCUCGUAGCUCAUAUAUAGGUGGAGUAUAUCAAUUUUUGUAAUAAGCACGUAGAUCAUAUUCUUUUGUAUUCAACGGGGAUAAUUUUCUCCGCAUUGCAUUUGCUUAAGAGUUUGUUUGGCCAAACUA